GUCAGUUCGCAAAGCUGUUUCCUGCAUUUGACAUUCUGUUUACAGGAAGUUAGCUUCCAUUCAAUUAUAUUAACCUUUAUUUCAUUAUGAUUGAUCUAGGGACCUUUUUCUCAAGAAAUUGCCAGCAUUGGUUAUCUCUGGGUUUUUAUUUAUCGGAAACUAUCAAGGCUGGAAUGAGAAAAGGUUUCUUUGUUUAACAACCUCAUACACACCCAGUUUCAGUUAUAUAUUCUUAGUUUAGUUAUUAAUUUUCCUUCGCUCUUAAGCCUAUGUCAGAAUGGAGAUUGGUUGAUUUAAAUUUCAAUUUAAACUUUUAAAAUUAGAUAUCAUUUAAUUCUUAUAUUUUCACUAUUUUUGUUUGAAAACAGUCUGAAUUUCGCAAAUUCAAUUUAUUUGUAUAAACAAUAACAUUUCAAAUUUCGGAUACUGUUUAGUAUUGAAAUGCAGACGCACCUUUCUUUUCUUGUUUGCAUUUUGCUGUUCGGCUGUUCCCGCUGUCAACUUGAAUAUAAUACCUUUUUUUUAUUUUAGAUUCUGAUUGGACUUUAAUUAUUCAAAAGUAACUAUUGAUUUCGUUUAAUUGGAAAUAUGGGACAUAAGAAAUUGUGUUUAAGCAUCGAAGAACAAAAGGCUCGAGUUAAGAAGUACAAUGAUAGUCGAAGAAAAGGAAUGAAAUCUUUCGGACUAUUUUCUAGAGGUUCAAAUAACUCAGGAGACGGUUCUAAACAGAAAAAUUCUGAAAUUGCUGUGACUAAAAGUAUGAAGCGAAAAAGAGAUGAAAGUUGUUCUCGGUGCCCAGAGAUCCACGAUCAACCAGCUGAUUCAUUUGAUGUUGAACCAGAUUUCAACCAAACUGUACCCCAAUUCCUGCAAAGUGCUCUUGAAAGUUCUGCUGUUUUAGAACAAAAACUUGGACUGUCUAGUGAAAUGAUGAAAUUAGCCAAUGUCCAGCUGGACAAAAUGAAGAAGGACAAAAGAGCAAAUAUGGAUGAAAAUGAAGAUGAUGUGUCAGAAAGUAAUGCAGAUCCAAAUGUGUGAAGUAAUGAAAAACCCAUGCACUUAUGCUUGGGUGCUUUUUCAUGGGGGUGCAAAAGUGCUCUUUAUGUGGAAGAAGUGUUAGCUAUACAAGUUUCACAAGCUUGACAAUAUUCUAAAAUAUCUUUUCUCAUUGUAGGCCAAUAAUAAUGAUUUUUGACCUUCAAAUACGUUUUAUAAAAAGCUAAAUGUCCACCCA